AUGGCAUCUACCGUGUCAGCGUUUUUAAGCGGCUUGCACCGCAAUUGGACAAUGCUCAAUCCACCCGCACCGCCCAAGGAGCAAAAUGCGCUGAAGUUUGGAAUACUAGGCGCUGCCAACAUUGCGCCCAUGGCUUUCAUUUCGCCUGCUCAGAGUCAUCCUGGGGUCAUCAUCUAUGCCGUCGCUGCACGCGACAAGACACGAGCUACUGCUUUUGCCAAGAAGCACAGUAUUCCAGUGGUCAAGGAUAGCUACGAUGACCUCCUCAACGAUCCAGAGAUUGAUGCAAUCUACAAUCCACUGCCAUGCGGGCUUCACUUCGAGUGGACUGUGAAAGCGCUCGCAAAGGGCAAACACGUCUUGCUCGAAAAGCCGUCCACCAGCAAUGUCCAGGAGGCCGAGACCCUGUUUCGCCAUCCUCUCCUCUCUCAGUCUGCCAAACCACCCGUGCUCAUGGAGGCAUUUCACUCUCGCUUUACCGCGGCAUUUCACUUGUUCCUGACAACCCUAGACCAGCCCAAUAUUUCUGAGGCAUUCGCAGUUUCUCCAAUCCCGAAAUUUAUAGCUGCAGAUGAUAAUAUCCGCUACGACUACAGCAUCGCCGGCGGAUCCAUCCUAGAUUUGGGCACAUACCCAGUGUCUGCCCUUCGUGAAGCAUUUGGUGCAGAACCCACCGAGUGCACCGAGGCCAACUUGGUGCCCAUGGCAGCACCCCGCGAGCGGUGCGAUCACUCAUUCGAUGCCACCUUCAAAUUUCCCAAUGGCGGCAUUGGUAAGAUUCACGGGUCUUUGCGGACCCCUGUGACGGAACUCGGCUUUUCAAACAUCACGGUGAAACACAGACCUGUCCCAGCGCCAGAAGAGGAGGAUGCAAAGAAAGAAGGCACGCAGGUGACCAGGACGCGGACAGUCAUCUUUUACAACUUUAUGCUCUCGAAUCACUACCAUCGUAUCGACGUGACAGACGAAUUCGAGGUCACGCGGGACUCUUCCGUGGUGAAGAGAUACACGCGAAAGGAUUUCAAAAAGGCCUACACCUUCGAGGAGAUGGGCAAGGACGCCAACAGCAAUCCAUACUGGUCUACUUAUCGAUUUAUGUUGGAGCAGUUUGUCAACAGAAUCCAUGGCAUCGAGGGUUCGGGCAAGUUCAUUUCCCAUGAGGAUAGCAUUUCCCAGGCGCGCGCGUUGGACAUGAUCUACACCAAGUCUGGUUUGGGGCCUAGGCCGAACAGCAAGUACUGGACGGAGAAUCAUUGA